CUUUGGAUUGGACCCAAAUCCACGUGUAGUAGUGGUACCAACAAAAUAAACUAGAACGAAAAGUUAUGAAACGAACAUAACCUCAAUUUCCAACCCGGCAUAACCUCACUUUCCCACAAACCAUGUCAAAACCGAUAACUUUCGUCACCGGCAACGCCAAAAAGCUCGAAGAAGUCAUCGCCAUCCUCGGCUCGACCUUCCCUCGCCAAGUCGUCAGCCAGAAAGUCGACCUCCCGGAGCUCCAGGGCGAAAUCCAGGACAUCUGUAGGAAAAAAUGCCAGGCCGCCUACGAGAUCAUCAAGGGCCCCUGCAUAGUCGAAGACACAUGUUUGUGCUUCAACGCCCUGAGGGGGCUGCCUGGCCCCUACAUCAAGUGGUUCCUCGACAAGUUGGGCCCGGAGGGGCUGUACCAAAUGCUGGCCGGCUUUGAAGACAAGACGGCGCAGGCCGUCUGCACUUUUGCGUACCAUCCGGGGGCCGAGGGCGACGACGUGAUUUUGUUCGAGGGUAGGACUCAGGGGGAAAUUGUGAUGCCGAGAGGGCCGAGGGACUUCGGCUGGGAUCCGUGUUUCCAGCCCGUGGGGUACCAACAGACGUACGCCGAGAUGCCCAAGGCGGAGAAGAACAAGAUUUCGCAUAGGUACCGGGCGCUGGAUGCGCUUAGAGACUAUUUUGUGAAGUGAUUAAAUAAUUUAUAAUAAUUAAGUACAACUGUAGUCAAAAACUCAGUUUUUUGUUUUAUUUAUGUUGUAUUAAUUAAUGUAUUAGACAAACAAUUAAAAAAAAAAUAUUGGUUAGGCCAGAACGUCAUAUUUUCGGAAGAAUCAAGUUAAAAAUAAAGAAACCCUUUAUAGAU